AUGUCCCCUCCCACUGUCAUCGUCUUUGGUCCCACAGGCCACGUCGGCUCUGCCGCUGCCUGCCGCGCUCAGCAACUCGGCGCAAGGGUAGUUCUCGCCCUACGCGAUGUUCAUAAGUCCAUCCCAGGCCUUAGUCCUGAUCAGGAGAAAGCUGGGGGUUUCGAGCGGGUCCAGGCCGACCUCACUAAGCCCGAAACUAUCAAGGCUGCCGUGUCUACUACUAGAGCCACGCAUGCCUUCAUAUACCUUGUGUUCGGUGCGACGGACCACAUGCGGUCUACUAUUGAAGCACUCAAGGACGCUGGCAUUGAAUUUGUCGUUUUCCUAAGUAGCGUGAGUGUUCAGGGCGACAUUAGGGAGGUCACACCAGCGUCUUUCAUACCGUACGCUCAUGCGCAGGUUGAGAUUGGCCUCGACGAGGUCUUUGGCCCUAAUGGCUACGUUGCUAUUCGACCGGCGUUCUUUAAUACCAACGUGAGCUGGUGGGCGGACAUGAUUCGUGAAGGGGAGGUCAAGAUUGUAUAUCCGGAUGCUAAAUUAGACUGGAUCGCGCCAGAGGAUAUUGGAAGAGUGGCUGGAACGCUAGUCGUCCAAGGAAUACAGGCUACGGAAGGCGCAGAGGCACGCAACAUCGUCCCUCUGUGCGGACCGAAGCUAGUGUCCCAAAGGGACGCUAUAGGGAUAUUUGGCAAGGCAGUUGGCAAGGAUAUUAAAGUCACCGAGCUUGACGAGCAGGAAGGUGUGGAGGUUAUGGUGAAGCAUGGAGUGCCGGAUUUUGUGGCGGGGGACCUAAUAAGCGCACUAGGGGCAUCUUCUAAAGGCGAGGGGGAUCAGAGUAUGAUUGGAGGGGAGAUAUUUGAGAAGGGCUCCGCUAAUGUUCCGAAGUAUGCUGGACGGGCCACGAGCUUGGAAGAGUGGGCUGAGACAAACAAAGGGUUGUUCAGUGGGUGA